GACUUGCAGAUAUACAACUGUUUUUGAGUUUUACUCUGACUCGAGAUCUGAAUCAGAAAAUGUAUCAACGAGGUUACAAUCAAGGCUAUGAUCAAUACGGAUCGUAUAAUCAGUAUGAAAGCCAACAUUCUGGUUUCGAUUCAAGAUCUUCUGGGCCAUCAUAUGGUUCCGCAGUUCCUUAUGAAUCUUCACGACCAGCUGCUCCGAGAAUCGUGUUUGAUGAUUACAACAGUGAUCUUAACUUUGUUAUUGAAGCAGAUGGCGUCACAGGAUCUAGUUUACACAAAGAUGGAUUUGAAUAUAUGUGGGGUGGAGCAAGGGCGACACAUGGAGUUAGAUCUGGCAAGGUAUGAACACAUCUAAAUGCAUGUAAACAUCAUGGAUGCCACAUUUAGUAAGAUUUAUUGAUUGGAUGAGGCCGACUAGGAUGUGGAGAAUUAUACAGAUCAAGGAGCAUGUUAUCCACCGAGGCGGAAGGCGGAGGUGGAUAACAUCCUCCGAGAUCUGCUUAAUUCUUCUGAUCAUACGAAAGCCGAAUUCAAAAUUUUUUAUUAUUAUUCACUUCACCCUUUGUUAUUCUUCACUAAUAAAAUGAAUGAUAAAUUAUAUUAUGUUGAUCAAUCAUGACUGUAAAACCUGAGUGCCAAAGCAAGAAAGGGAAAACUUUUCCGCUUCUUGUAUGGAUGCUUGUGUUUGCAUUUGCAAUCGCGUGUGUUAACCAGCACUAACCAUUCUCAGGGAGAUCAAGAAACAACCUUGGACCCCCCCCCUUCAAAAUAAAAUGAUGAUAGGACUUUCUCAAAGCUGUGGAGCUGUCUUUUCAGAUGAUCCUAUACACAGGAGGAAAGUAUUUUGAGCCAAAAGCACAUUUACAAAGGAGGCUAUCAACUCUGCCAACAUUAAAGUAUUGUUAUCAAUUAACAGGGAUGUAGCUAAAGAUUUAAAGCUAGUCAGGCUUUUUUAAUAGUCAUGCCGGCUAUUUUACUCAACUGCACGAUCAAAAUUACCCCAUGUCUUCUUGAGCUGGUGGUAAGCUCUUUUUCAGUCGGUGAAAUUAGCUGCCCACCGGCUCGCAGUAACAUCCCUGAACAAAUAUAGUGAAAUGUAUGGCAUUCCUCUCUUUAGCUACACAAUUUAUUGUUCGCUUUUUAACUCCUGCCCCCACAGCAAGCAUCUUGAAUUAUUGAUUGAGAAUUCUGCUUAAAGUUUAUUCAUCCUUGUAUCAUUUGCAGGUUUGUUUUGAAGUAAGUAUCCUUGAAAAACUACCCGUUACCAUGCCCGAAACAGAGACAAACCCCCAUGUCGUAAGAGUCGGCUGGUCAGUGGACGAGGCUAAUUUACAGGUGGGUAUGAUUGCUUAACCCUUUAAGCCGCAAGAGUGAUCAACCUCAAAUUUCUCCUUAUAAUAUCAAUGCUUUGUAAAACAGAGUGGUCAUGCGAAUUACGGACAUGAUCACACAAGAUGAAUUUGCUUGAUAUUUUAUCAACUUCUCCCCACUACUUCUGUAGGAAAUGAAUAGGGACAACAAAUGAGAAUUCAUAUUUUGAUCUUAGGGUUUAAAGGGUUAAAGGUACUUUUACUACCCUGUGCUCUUUCAGCUCAGAUUGUUCUUUCAUAUGGGAUCAUUACUUACUCUACGUGGAGACGUGUGCUGUUAACACCUGGAACUCUGGAUCUGGAGGUCCAGGGUUCAACCCUCGCCCGUCGCCUUGUUUCCUUAGUCAAGAAAAUUCAUUCCCCUUUGUCUCUCUCGACCCAGGUAUAUAAAUGGGUACCAGUGACAUACUGCGGGGAGGAACAAGGGGAGGCGGUAACCCUUCAAUGGACUAGCAUCCCAUCCAGGGAGGAGUGGUAACACUUCUAUCCCGGUUUCCUUUGCAUGAAGCAUGCCUAAGCUCCAGCAGUUUUCCACCUUUGACUUGGUGCUUCUUCACCUUACCUUACCCACUUUUCUUACAGGUUGGAGAGGAUAACUUGUCUUAUGGUUAUGGAGGUACUGGAAAAGUUUCUGUAAACAACAAGUUCUUUGACUACGGCGAGCCCUAUACAACAGGCGACAUCAUAUGUUGCUGUAUAGACCUUGAUGCUACUCCCAGGACUAUACUUUUCACCAAAAAUGGCAAUUACCUUGGUGUUGCAUUUCGCCUUGGACCUGAGUCAAAUGGACAGACAUUUUUCCCCCACAUCACCGUUAAGAACAUGCGUCUUGCAAUAAACUUUGGACAGUUUCAGCCAUACUUUCCACCCCUUCAGGGAUUUAGCCUGCUCUCGCACAUGCCACCCCAAUACUUAGAAAGGGGAUCAGUAAGUCCUUUGUCAAGAGGAGAAUGUGAGGUUAUUAUGAUGGUAGGAUUACCAGGCUGUGGUAAAACAUUUUGGGCUGAGAAAUACGCCAAAGAUCACCCAGAAAAGAAAUUUCAUAUCUUGGGAACAAACACAAUAAUGGAUAAAAUGAAGGUGAUGGGUUUAAUGAGGAAACGCAACUACCACGGCCGCUGGGAUGCGCUCAUUAAACAAGCUACAGAUGUCUUAAACAAAAUAUUUAAAAUUGCCGAGAGGAAGAAUCGGAACUACAUUCUUGAUCAAACCAAUGUGUAUUUCACUGCGCGGCGAAGAAAGAUGAAUAACUUCCAUGGGUUCCGUAGAAUUGCGGCUGUGAUUGUAAACACGAAUGAUGUUCUAAAGGAACGGACGGAGAAAAGAGAAAGAGAAGAAGGAAAGGUUGUCCCAGAGUCUGCUGUUCUUGAGAUGAAAGCAAACUUUGCUCUCCCUGAAGUUGGAGAUACUUUUGAUGAUGUUUGGUAUAUUGAAGAGGAUAAAGCCAGCUCAGAACACCUCGUGGCCCAGUUCCAACGUGAAGGGAAAGAGUUCAAAGAGAAUGAGAAAAAAAGAAGACCUGAUGAAGUUUCAGCGUCAAGCGGGAAUACAUCUUCUGACAUUAAAAGACAACGCCCUGAGCAAGCAGGCCAAACAGCACCUUCAUAUCACAGUCAUCAAGGUCAGUAUUCUGGCCAAAGUGGCCGUACUGGUUUCCAUGGUAACUAUCAAUCAAGAGAUCAAAGAGGAGCAUCACAUGACAAGCCCUUUUAUGGUAAUCCACCAGAUGCCCGUGCAGCCCCCAUUAGACCAAGAAAUGAUCAUGGUCCUUUUCAGCCUCCUUCAGGACAAACCAGAGAACCACAUAGGGUAUAUAAUCAAGGACCUCAGCCCAGAUACAAUGACUAUAGCUACGGGUCCUCAUAUGGACCACAAGAAAACUAUGAUCGAAGUCACCCCCCUAGUGAUAACAGAUAUCAAUCUCAUUACCAGCCACCUAUGACUAGCGAUAAUUACCAGUAUUACCAAGCAUCAGGUGGUCACAGAUAUCAAUCAAAUUAUCAACUGACUGAAAACAGGUAUGGUCCACCUCCGUCCUCACAGUAUAACCAGUAUGCUGCACAGUCAUACCAACAAGGACAAGACUAUUACUCAGGGGGAGUAGGAAGAGGUGCGGUACUCCCUGGUGGUCAGUAUGGUCAGUAUGGAUAUGGUGGGGGAUAUUAGUUACCACAUUUUAUUAGCGUAAAACGUCAAAGAGACGUUUGUUUUACCCCGUAUUGCACACGCUUGCCCAGGAAGAGACACUAGGUCAUAGUUAGGACCCUCUUUUUUAAGCUUUAUGCAUUUUUUAAGGCCUCUUUAGGGGCUGUUGUCACAAGGAUAUUAAACAAUUAUUCCUCAAGCCUAAAUGGGCUCUGAGUCAAUAGACCAGGAGGCCAAAGGUCAAAUGGGCUAUUGACUCAGAGGCCAUGAGGGCGAGAGGAGUAAAUGUUUCAGUAAAAUCCAACUAGUCUAUCAAAUAGUCAAGACAAAACAACUUUAGCUAGGAAAACGCGAUUCGGCCGCCAUUGUUUUGGUUUUCAAAGCUGGCACUUUUCACAACUAGUGGGCCAUAACAUAUAGCCUAGUAGUAGCUCAACCAAUCAGAACACAGCAUUGAUAAUAGACCACUAGUUGGAUUUCACUAAUGAUACUUAGUGCCUUUACCAAUACUCAAAAUACUGCAGUAGCGUUAUGAAGACAAUAUAAAACAGGGAGCACUAACCAUAAUAAUGUUUUGGUGAUUUUUGCAGUUAAAAACCUGGGCCCGUUUCCUCGGAAGAUGGUUAAGUUUAACCCAGGAUUAAGCGAAAUUUCAAGCACGGUGUUCUCGUCUAAGAACAUGCAACUCGAGGUUACAAAAUUCUGUUGAGCCUCUACUACGAGAUACAGUAAUGAUAACACAAAAUGUUACCCUAAGCAGUGUUUAGGAAUGUAAAAUAUAAAAACGGAGAACAAUUUUAAUCCUGGAUUAACGUUAAUCUGCCUUUCAGGAAGCGGGCCCUGGCCCAACUUUUCCAGGUUUCACUCAAUUUCCAUCCUCGCCAUCCGUUUCAACAGACGACAGGAAACAGUUUUAGUGCCUAAUAGGCUUAAGUAGCAAUACUGGACCAUUAGUUUUGGAAUUCAAUUAACGCUUUUUUUAACGCUUUUUAGGUUUUUUAAAAUAUAGCAAAUAGCGCGACAUAAGCCCUUUAAAUGGGGCGUUACAGACGUACGCAACAUUUAACUUAAGAGGACUUAGCAUUUUCAUGCUUUUUGACUACCUUAGCCAACUCUGUGUUAGACAGCAACCAUUGGGACUAGCCUUACGUCAAGUCCCCUUACGAGCCAAAUCAAAAGGACAGAAGAACACCAGGGAUCUUCAGUAUAACAGCUAUUCAAUAGAAGACAGUUAACUGCAUUAUUUUUAAGUUUGAAACUGUAAAUUCGCAAAGCAAAAAUAGGUUAUAUAACAAUCGCGCCACGUAACAAGCGGGCAUUAUUGCCAAGCAUUUUACUGAAAUAACACUCUUACACAGAUCGAACCAGGUCUCUAUCAUUUUUACUAAUACUGAGAGCCGUUUUUAAUAUCUUCUCAAGUUUACCAGGCUUUGCCUCCCAUUGCUUUUUCUGUUAUUUCUUUGGUUUCCUUCUUAAGUUUUAAGCUAUUUUAAAAUACCAGCCAAAAACUGAUGAUGAGUGCUAAAAUUGCGUGACCCAGUCUCUUUAGUGAAAAUUUAUAUAUAGAAGAUGCACACAAGUAUGUUGGCGAUGCAGCCCUUUUUUGGUCAUAACGUUUAUGACACAGCCUACCUUAUUGAUGUGUGUGUGAUUUUACACUGCCAGAAUAGCGUAGAUGCGCUUUACUAGCGCUUUACAGGUACUCUUUUAAGAAACGGCCAUCUGAUUCUAGGGUGGAAACUUUAAUAGCCUGCAAGUAAGUUUUCAACUCGUACCGGGGUGGGGUGUGUCUAGGAAAGCGAUCAGUCCUUUUCCCUUCCCCAUCCCCCUUGCACGCUGACCUUGUAAAUAAACGUUAAGUUCUCGUUAUGUACUCGCGACGUACUGAAUGUAUCUUGUAAAACUAUCGGUUAAGAAGAAAACUAUCGUCAUAUUAGAAACGCAUGGUGAAAUUAAAGGGUCU